AUGUCACACGUAAUCUUGCAAACAACCGCCAUAUUGCUCGCGCCAUAUUGCCCGCGCGCUCUUUUCCCGCCAACUGCAACGGAGCGGAGGCAAAAGCGCUCGCCCGCUCGGCCCUCGGAGAACUUUUCACCGCCGUCUCUCGCAAUCGGACCUCACGUAAUCGACGCGAGGAAGCCGCUGUAUGUCACUAGGCAGGCCACAUCGCUCGAAGAACUGGUCUCCGAUGGGAGGAAAAGUUCUAGAUUGGAGACCAUGCAGCGGAAGACCUUGGAAUCAUCCUUGUAUUCCCCAGCUUUGGCCCCAAAAUAUCAUUUAAUUUCCAAC